GGGUGCCUCUGUGGAUGCUGCUGACGACCUCUCACAGGGCAGGCUGCGGGCACUGGCAGCGGCGCUAGGCGGCUGCGGGUUGCUGCUGGGCUCGGCGCUGGCUGCGGGUGACGAGCGGCUCUUCAAGGCGGCGAUGCCCGCGCUCCACGUCCUCCCCCCAGAGACCGCCCACGGCCUUGCCCUGCGCGCCGCUGCUCUAGGGCUGCUGCCAACCGCCCGCCCCGACAGUCCAGUUCUGGAGGUGCGAGUCCUCGGGCAGCGGUUCCGCAACCCAGUGGGCCUAGCGGCUGGUUUCGACAAGCAGGGAGAGGCUGUGGACGGGCUCUACAAGAUGGGCUUCGGUUUUGUGGAAGUGGGGACUGUGACGCCUAAGCCCCAGGAGGGGAACCCGAGGCCCAGGGUCUUCCGCCUAGUGGAGGACGAGGCAGUCGUUAACAGGUAUGGAUUCAACAGCCAUGGCCAUGCUGCAGUGGAGCGCAGGCUGCGGGCCCGCCAGGAAACACAGGCCAGGCUUACUGGUGCGGGGAUGCCCCUUGGAGUCAACCUGGGCAAGAACAAGACCUCCACUGAUGCUGCAGCUGACUAUGUGGCUGGUGUCCAGAUGCUGGGCCCUUUGGCUGACUACCUGGUUGUAAAUGUGUCCAGCCCAAACACCCCAGGGCUGCGGGACCUGCAGGGCAAGGCUGAGCUGCAGAAACUGCUGACCAAGGUGCUGGCAGAGAGGGACGCGCUGCCCUGCAAGCACAAGCCAGCUGUGCUGGUGAAGAUUGCCCCUGACCUCAGUGUGCAGGACAAGCAGGACAUUGCUAGCAUUGUCUGUGAGGUAGGUGUGGAUGGGCUGAUCAUCAGCAACACCACUGUGAGCCGUCCCAGCAGCCUCCAGAGCAGGCAACGCACAGAAGCUGGAGGCCUUAGUGGAAAGCCCCUGCGGGAGCUCUCAACACAGACUAUCAGGGAGAUGUAUGCCCUCACCCAAGGCCGGGUGCCCAUCAUUGGGGUGGGUGGAGUGAGCAGCGGGCGUGAUGCCCUAGAGAAGAUUCGUGCUGGAGCCUCACUUGUGCAGAUGUACACAGCACUUGUGUACCAUGGGCCGCUGGUGGUGGGGACAGUGAAGAGGGAACUGGAGGAGCUGCUGAGACCUGCAGUGCUGCUGAUUACUGGCCUGGCCUGGACUGUGUUGGAGACUGCAACUGCCACCGAGUGGAGCUGUGCAAAGCCCAUGGAGAUUGAACAUGGCUAUGUGGAGCACCUGAUCAAGUACAGCUGCAACCCCUACUACAAGCUGAGCAGCUCUGGUGAUGGCACGUACAAGUGUGAUGAGGAUAACAAGUGGGUGAGCCCUGAGGCUGCUAAGGAGAUGCCUGUCUGUGAGCCUGUGUGUGGGAAGCCCAAGAACCCCCCUAGGCAGAUGCAGCGGAUCAUUGGGGGCCUGCUGGCUCGGAAAGGCAGCUUCCCUUGGCAGGGCCGGCUGGUCACCCACCACAACCUCACCGCGGGGGCCACGCUCAUUGGUGACCAGUGGCUGCUGACCACGGGUAGGAACAUUUACCUGAACCACAGAGAUGAUGCCAAGCCAGAGGAGAUUGCCCCGACGCUGAAGCUUUUCCUAGGCAGCCAGGGAGAGCCUGCCUUGGACAUUGAGCGUGUGGUACUGCACCCCGGCUACCCAGAGAGUGUGGAUCUGGCCCUGCUGAAACUCAGGCAGAAGGUGCUCCUCGGAGAGGAGGUGAUGCCCAUCUGCCUGCCCAAGAAGGACUAUGUUCGCCCAGGGCGGGUGGGUUAUGUUUCUGGCUGGGGCCGUGGUGCCACCUUUGCUUUUCCCAACAUGCUCAAGUAUGUGAUGCUGCCGGUGGCAGAGGGGGAGAAGUGCCGGCAGUACUAUGAGGCACGGAAUGGGUCCUACUGGGUCCAGCCCAUUCUCAGCAAUGACACCUUCUGUGUGGGCAUGAGCGAGCUGCGGGAGGAUACAUGCUAUGGGGACGCGGGUGGUGCCUUUGCCGUGCAGGACUCUGACGAUGAUACCUGGUAUGCGGCUGGCAUCCUCAGCUACGACAAAACCUGCACGUCCUCCAAAUACGGCGUCUAUGUGAAUGUGCAGCAAGUCCUGGACUGGGUCAAGGCGACGAUGGCAUCUGGUUGAGGCAGGGCCAUUAAGAAAUAAAACUGCUGCACAUCGGGCUGCA